AUGUCAUCGCCACCAUCGAAGGCCUCCGGCCCCCUACCUGCCCAUGUCUACGACGAGGAAGCGCCUCCAUCAUACCACGAAGCAGGUAGCAGCAGUCGAGCCCAAGAAUCUGCCGAACCCCUCCUCGGGAGCCCACGAUUCGACCAACCAGACGACGCUUUCCCACCAGAUUACAAGACUGUCGUCGCAGAAUCGUCCCUUGCGAUCCGCCAACGCUUCGUUUCUAAAGUCUACAGUAUUCUGUUCUUCCAGCUCCUCGCCACUGGUAUCGUCUCCGCCGCUACAUUCUACUCAGCCGGCUUCAAAACAUGGAUUCAAACAAACGGCUGGAUGAUGUGGAUCAGUUUGUUAGGAAGUAUCGGAGCCUUGAUCGCAGUCUACAUGAAACGUAAAUCCUACCCAACAAACUACUACCUCCUCGGCCUUUUCACCGCCUUCGAAGCCUACUCCGUCGCCGUAAUAACCUCUUUCUACGACUCCAAAAUCGUGCUCGAAGCUGUUGUCAUCACUGCUGUUGUCUUCGCCGGUCUAACCCUCUUCGCCUUGCAAACUAAAUACGACUUUACACAAUGGCAGGGGAUCUUGUUCACCUCGUUGUGGAUUUUAAUCGGAGCCGGCUUUAUCAGCAUGUUCUUUAGCCAUGGAAGCAGUUUUGAGAUGGUUUACAGCGUGGGCGCGGUGGUUAUUUUCUCCGGCUAUGUGUUGGUGGAUACCCAAAUGAUUAUGCACCACUUCACACCAGAUGAGGAGGUUGCUGCGGCCAUUAGCUUGUACCUUGAUAUUAUCAACCUCUUCAUCAACAUCCUCAGGAUCUUGAAUAACCAGAAUAGUAACUAA